GUGAAGCAGAAGAUCAAGAUGAAAAAGAAGACACAGAGAAGGAAAACACUGAAAAAGAUGAUGAUGUUGAGCAGGAACUUGUCAACACUGACCCUACAGACCCUAAGUGGAUAGAAUCCCCCAAAACAAAUGGCCAUAUUGUGAAUGGCCCAUUCCUAUUGGAACAACAGAUUGAAGAUGAAGAUGAGGAAGAUGAAGAGUGUCCAAAUCCAGAGGAGUAUAAUCUUGACGAGCCAAAUGCAAAAAGUGAUUACUCUUAUAGCAGCUCCUAUGAACAGUUUAAUGGUGAAUUGCCAAAUGGACGUCAUAAAAUUCCUGAGUCAGAGUUCUCUGAAUUUUCAGCUUCAGUGUUCUCUGGGGCUCUAGAGUCUGUAGCUUGUGGUUCUGCUGUUUCUGAAGGAUCAACUGUAACUGAGAGAGAGGAGAGCAGCCCAUCUCACGACAGGAGCAGAACAGUUUCAGCUUCAAGCACUGGGGAUUUGCCAAAAACAAAAACUCGUGCUGCUGACUUGCUGGUGAAUCCACUGGACCCAAGAAAUGCAGAUAAAAUUAGAGUUAAAAUUGCUGACCUGGGGAAUGCCUGCUGGGUGCAUAAACACUUCACAGAAGACAUCCAGACAAGACAAUAUAGAUCCAUAGAAGUUUUAAUAGGAGCAGGUUACAGUACACCUGCUGAUAUCUGGAGUACAGCGUGUAUGGCUUUUGAGCUAGCAACUGGAGAUUAUUUGUUUGAACCACACUCUGGGGAAGACUAUUCCAGGGAUGAAGACCACAUAGCAUUGAUCAUUGAACUGCUGGGAAAAAUCCCUCGAAAAUACGCUAUGUUGGGGAAAUAUUCCAAGGAGUUUUUCACCAAAAAAGGAGAGCUCCGACACAUUACCAAGCUGAAACCUUGGAGUCUUUUUGAUGUGCUUGUGGAGAAGUACGGUUGGCCUCAUGAAGAUGCUGCACAGUUUACAGAUUUCCUGAUCCCUAUGCUAGAAAUGGUCCCAGAGAAACGUGCUUCAGCUGGAGAAUGCCUUAGGCAUCCAUGGCUGAAUUCUUAGCAGAAUCUCCCAGAUGUAACAAAAAAAUAUUAAAAAAGCCAGCAACCACUUUCCAAUGCAUCGGACCUAAACGGUGACUGUCACAAAUUCUUUAGCAGGAUCACAUGUGAGCUGGCUUCAAUCCUCAGACCUUUAUUUUGCUUGAGGUACUGUUUGACAUUUUGCUUUUUGUGCACUGUGUUCUUGGGGAAGGGUAGUCUUUUUGUCUUCAGCUAAGUAGUUUUACUCACCCACUUUCUUCAGAAAACACUUAAUGUGUCUUUUAAGCAUUGUUUCUUGUGUUGUGUGGCAUUCAGAUGUCAGAUUUUUGAACAAAGGAAACUUCCCCCCAUGUGUUUUGGCAAGUUUUGUAACUAUUUAUGAAAAAAAAUAAUAUUUUAGCUGAUGCAUAUUAUAUAAUUUACGAGCGUAAGAAAUUUAUCAUAAAGUCAGGCGAGGAAUUGUACAAUUUUAUCUUCUGGCAAAGGGAUGUCAUUCUUGUAUUAUAGUGUAUGUAAAUGCACCCUGUAAAUGUUUUUGCCAUUUAAAUAUGGGACUGGGGACUCAAUUUCAGAGUAAAGCAGCUAAGUUUUAGAGAGCUUUAUAGCAAACCAAUUGCAUGUAGUGGACUUUAAACUGCUUUAAGGAAUUGUGUAAACUUUCUAUUCUGUAGCAGUUCCCGUUCAUUGGAUUUUAAACAAAGUGGCUCUGGUUUACAGGAUUUCAUUCCCCAAACGGCACUUUAAAGGAAGGCUAGACUUCUUUCUAAUAAAGUAUGCAUUAUCAUUUAGCACUCCCUUUUAGAACUUUUGCCUAUUUUAAGUGCUUUUAAGAGAAGAAAAAUAGCAAUUUCCCUUACAAUGUGAUAGUGAAGACAUGGUACCAUAUGGUGUUGCCUUUUUAUAAGCACUGUAAGUUGUACUAUACCUUAAGAGAAAAAAAAUUAAAAGUCGAGCAUGAGAACCACUCUCUGUGUAGAAUUACUGAUCUUUUGUAACAACAGUGUGCGCUUGGCAGGAAGGAUAUAGCUGCAGGUAUUUGCAGUGCAGUGGGUAAAAUAAUCCAAGAAGCAAGAUCAUGCUCAUUCCAUUCAUAGCUUUAUGUUUCUAAAAGAAAUUGCACUAGCUUUAUUUUUCCCCAUUACUAGACAUACGAUUACCCCGUGUAAGUUGCACGCAACAGUUAUGUGUUUCCUAGGAAAAAAAAAGCUGCAUAGGCUGAAGCUCAUAGGCAAUACAGAUUUUAGAAUGUACAGUAUGGAGGUGUGUUUUGGCCUCUUCUAGAAGUCAGUGGGAUGAAUGUAAGCUUACUUCUGAUCUUCAUGUAACUACGGUGCCACUUUUUUCUUGACUUUGUCCAUAUGAAAUUUAUUCACAUGCCUUUGCAAUAACUAGAUUGUGAGAAGAUAGCCCCAUGCUGUAACAAUAACCAGUUGUUUGAGGUGCUUGCAGUUGUCUAAUUAAAGUGUUUUGUUUUUUCA